AUGGGCGGUAUGAAUUAUCAUAUUGAGAUUUCAUUUGAGGAUGGCGUUUGCUGGUUGGCGCGCGUUCGGAGAUUCAAUGCUACUUCACCCCCCCUGGAACUGCAAAACUACAUCAUACGCAGUGAAGUUGCCACACUCGAGUUUUUGGGAGAAACAAAGAUUCCUGCCCCGAAGGUCUUUGAUUUCAGCUUGGAUGAGGCGAACCCUGUUGGUGUUCGGUACAUCCUCAUCGAAAAUUGCCUGGGAGAUCUCUGUCCUGGUCUGAUGCUACCCGAGAGCAACGCUUGA